CCAGCUGGGCGAGAGAGAAAAAGCAACGAAAGGGACAGAAAAUCAUCCCUACAGCGCACGGUGGAGGGAGUGCAGAAGUCUCCCCUGGUAUUGCUUUUUCCGCAGCUUUUCAUCCUCCGGCUCGGAGAAGGCUUUUUUUUGAUAUAUAACCAUCUUCUUGUCCCUUCGCUCUGGACUCUCUUCCCUCCUCUCUCUGCUUUUUCCUACAACACUCACACAUUCACACAGAAGAGAAAGAAGCCUUGA